AAAGACAAUGCCAGCCCCAGCUCCAGUCGUCGGGGCAUCGUGUGUGCUUGUACCUGUAGCAUCACGCGUCGGCGGUUUUGAAGAGCAUGGUCAGCAGCUAGAACUUCUUCAGGAGAAUAGUCUUCGAGAUGCCGUUUUUGUUGAUCAUAGUUCGCCUGCUUCUUCUGUUGCUGUUCCUGCAGCGUCUAGUCCCGUUGUUCCACCUGCGUUAGAGAAGCCUUUUUCGCCGGUCGUAGAAGUGGAUGCUGAACGCGAGAAGCAAGAUGUCUUAUUCUUAGAAGAUGUGGAGAUGAACGAAAAAACGGAUGCAAUACUUGACGAUCGUGACGACGCUGUUCUAGACGAGUUCUUUGGAUACCCGACGACGAAUGAUGACCGUGCUCUAGCAUUCGGCACGCCUGACGCAGCUGUGUAUACCAGUACGACAGACGACGCGACGAAGGCGCAAGUGGUUGCGCCUAAUAGUGUUCCAGUAGCAACAGCAAGUGCGCCUGCGGUUGGGCUUUCCAUACCUACGGGAGCAUCGUCGUCCGGUACUCGAUCUGGUAUUUUUUUGAUUUGAUUUUGUAUUUUCAUGCCUUUAAGAUGAAAAUGAGUUUCAAGAUUGCAAUUGUGAAUAUUGAAAUUGGAGCUAUCUUAAUUUCUUAUAUCUUUUGAAUCGAAGGUCCUCCGGCACCUCCG